AUGAACGUGUCGUCCGUCAAUGUGACCGUGGUUCUGGAGUACCGAGACUCCUUCACUAAAGCUGUGAUCAAGAACGUGAUCGUCGUGGUCCUCGGCAUCUCCAUCAACUACAUCAAUGCUGCCCUCAUUCACACCUUUCAUAACCACCAGAUCUUCUACACGAAUCCUCGCUACAUCCUUAUUAUUCACCUGGUGGUCAACGACAUGAUCCAAGUCACGCUGACUGUCAUCCUGUUCGUCAUCAGCUACACCAUCUACAAAAUAAAUGUCUCCGUCUGUAGCAUCUUCAUCCUACUUGCUCUUUUCACCACUGAAAACACCCCUCUGAACCUGGCUUGCAUGGCGGUGGAGUGCUACAUCGCCGUCUGCGUCCCCCUUCGCCACGUGCAGAUCUGUACCGUCAGGAGAACGUUAAUGCUGAUCGCUUUAAUGUGGGCGACAAGCAUGUUGUCUGUUCUUCCUGAUCUGUUCAUCACUUUGGCCAUAGAGCCGCUGGACUUCUUUCAUUCCAGAGUCUUCUGUCUCAGAGAAACCGUCUUCUCAAAUCCCCUCAUCAUCAAGAAGAAAGAUGUCACCUAUAUUGUGUAUCUGGUUAUAGAUUGGUUUGUUAUCUUUUACACUUACUUCAACAUCCUGUUCACUGCAAAAAAAGCUAGCUUAGAUGCUAAAAAGGCCAGAAACACAAUCCUCCUCCAUGGGUUCCAGCUGCUGCUUUGUAUGGCAUCAUAUGCAACACCCCAGUUAAAGCAGCCUCUGCUGCUAUGGUUCCCUAAGAAUUAUUCAGACUCUCUGUUUGCCUGUUAUAUUAUUGCACAGGUCCUGCCACGAUCCAUUACUCCAAUCAUCUAUGGCUUAAGAGACAAGACUUUCAGGAAGUACUUAAAAAGACAUCUAUUGUGUAAAAUGAGCACACAGAGAGAUACAGCUCACGGAUUAUAA